AUGGCUUCAGUGACAUUGUCGACUCCUGUCAAGUCCCACAAGGGACUUUUCACAGCCCGUACCGCUGGCGGACGGAUGCCUCUGACCCCUUCUCCUCGUCAGCAGGCGUCAGCCAAUAUCCCUAUCAACCUGAACUCUUCUCCUUUCACCCCCGAGAGACAGUCCAGCAAUGACUUCAAACCAGCCGGUCGUUCUACUUACGGCGGUAACCUCAUGGCACACCUCGCCCGAUCUACCACAUCCGCUCACCGCGACUCCCCCAAGUCCAACAUUGCCCGUGUUGUUCAUACUCCUCGCAAGGCUCUUGAGCUUGGCGUCUCCGACUACACUCUCACUGGCACUGGUAGCAGCAAGACUGCAAACAAGAAGGGUAUCCGCUCCAAGGUUGCCAAGACUACCGUAAACUAUGCUGGCGACCGAUUCAUCCCCAACCGUGGUGCCAGCUCUGCCAUCUCCAACGCUGGCUCUGGCAAGCUGGAUGUUCCCGACAGGCAACGACCCAAGACCAGCACUGUCGAGAGCUCCAACGUCCUCUCUACCGCUGCUGACGAGGCCCUGGCUGCUCUUGAGAGCCUGAACAUCAAUGACGACGAUGAACCCGACAACUACUCUCGACCCUCCCCCAACACUGUCGCUUACCAGGAUUCUCUUGCCAACGCCUGCGGUGUGAGCCUCAACACUCGUAUCCUCGAGUUCAAGCCUGCCGCUCCUGAAUCAUCCAAGCCCAUUGACCUACGACAGCAGUACAACCGGCCUCUCAGGUCUACCACUACUACCUCUGCCCAGAUCCGCCGCCGCAUCGCCACAGCCCCCGAACGUGUUCUUGAUGCCCCCGGUCUCGUUGAUGACUACUACCUUAACCUGCUCGACUGGAGCUCUGGCAACCAGGUUGCUAUUGGACUUGAGCGCAACGUCUAUGUUUGGUCUGCGGAUGAAGGUAGCGUCAGCUGUCUUCUCGAGACCACCCCCGACACCUACGUUAGCAGCGUCAAGUGGUCUGGUGAUGGGGCUUAUGUCAGUGUUGGUCUUGGAACUGGUGAGGUCCAGAUCUGGGAUGUCGCUGAGGGCCAAAAGAUCCGAAGCAUGUUUGGCCAUGAUACUCGCGUUGGUGUUAUGGGCUGGAACAAGCACCUUCUCUCUACUGGCGCCCGUAGCGGCCUUGUCUACAACCACGAUGUCCGCAUUGCCGAGCACAAGGUUGCCGAACUCAUCUCUCACACUUCCGAGGUUUGCGGUCUUGAGUGGCGCUCCGAUGGCGCUCAGCUCGCUACUGGCGGCAACGACAACCUCGUCUCCAUCUGGGAUGCCCGAUCUCUCUCCGUCCCCAAGUUCACCAAGACCAACCACAAGGCUGCCGUCAAGGCUCUUUCUUGGUGCCCUUGGAACAUGAACCUCCUUGCUACCGGCGGUGGCUCUUACGAUCGCCACAUUCACUUCUGGAACUCCACCUCUGGUGCUCGCGUCAACAGCAUCGAUACCGGCUCUCAGGUUACUUCUCUCCGCUGGAGCCCUCACCACCGUGAGAUUGUCAGCUCAAGUGGAUUCCCCGACAACUCUCUGAGCAUCUGGAGCUACCCUACUCUGGUCCGAACCGUUGAGAUCCCUGCCCACGAGAGCCGAGUCCUCCACAGCUGCCUCAGCCCUGACGGUCAGAUGCUUGCUACUGCUGCUGCUGACGAGAGUCUCAAGUUCUGGAAGAUCUUCGAGAAGAAGGCUGGUGCCACCGCCAGCAUUGGUUCCUCUGGUGCUUCCAGCAAGGCCUCCAUGGCCAAGCAGAUGACAAUCCGAUAA